CGGUAAACUAUCUGACCUCCGCCAUUUUGUUCACCCGGCGAGUGUGUUGGAAAAUCUCGUAUUGUAAAUUAUUGAAACAUGGCAGCCCGACGUGUGGGCCAGAAAUUCGUUGACUUCGCUGCAUUUGCGGAGAGAGUGCCACCCAACCAACGAGCACAAUUUCUCGCACUGAAGAGCAAGUCAGAAGCCAUUAAAGCAAAAUUUACUGCGCUUCCUGAAAAACCCAAAGCUAUUGACUGGGCUUAUUACAGAAAAAGGGUGCCAGUUGCUGGCCUUGUCGAUAAAUUUGAAAAACAAUACAGCGCAGUGAAUGUUCCAUAUCCGAAGGAUACAGCUACUGCAGCAGUAGAAGAACAAGAGAAACAGAUGGACAAACUUGCAGCGGAUUUCAAAGUAGAAUCAGAGAAACGUAUUGCUGAAUAUGAGAAAGAGCUGGCUCAGUGGACUACUAUGAUACCAUUUGAAGACAUGACUAAAGAAGAGUUUGCUGAGACCUUCCCAGAAACUCUUGAACAGAGAAAGAAAUAUCCUCACUGGCCACAUUACCCAUACUGGGAAUAAUACCCGAUUGAUGUUUUAAAAAUGGUGUUUGAAUUCUCAAGUUUGUCUCUAAUAAUUGAACCUUAGGCCAUUUGAGAGGUUUGUGGUGUUGUACAUGUAAUAUGUUUUAAUGGCAUAAUAAAUGCAUUUGUUGAAAUCCUUAA